AUGCCUUCCAAAGCACCAACAGAGACCGAACGGAUUAUUAGUGCUCUCAAUGCAGUAGAGCCCCAGAUUUUCGGCGGAAAUGAGGUAGAACGCCUCAAAGUACGUGCAGCGGCUCGCCGCUUGCUUGCCAGGGUUGAAACACCUUACGAGCGCGCGUGGGGCUUCUGUUUUGAGCACCCUGCUGUCUUUGCCGCUUUGCAAACUUGCAUUGACGUAAGCCUAUGGAAAUCGUGGACUGAGGUCGGAGGUGGGAAGAAGACCAUCCAUGAGUUGGUGGAGCUCACCAGUCCAACUGUGGAUACAAACUUGCUUCGUCGUCUGUUCCGUUUACUAGCGGCGUUCAAUGUAGUUGAGGAAACGUUUGAAGAUACAUUCAAACCCACCCCCUUCUCAUUCGCUAUCGGCGACGAACGCACCAAAGUUCGAGCUUCCCUGCAAGCAGCCACUAAUCAAUACAUUGCUGCCGGUCACAAUCUGCCAAGAUACCUCGCCCAGAUCUCUUAUAAGGAGCCCAGUGACUUCGUUGAGAACAAUCACUCCGCCAGCGACCCCGAUGGACUGAAUUUCUUUGGUAGAUUGCAAAAGAGUCCCGAUUGCUUUGAGGCCUUUACUGGUCAUAUGGAAGCCUGGACAUCAUGGAAGACGCCCUGGACUAAGGUGUACGAUACAACUCGUCUGCUUGAUGGCGCCAGGCUAGAAGAUGGCUCUCCACUGGUUGUUGACGUCGGUGGAAAUACCGGAAUCGACAUCUCACACGUCCUGGCCAAGCAUCCUGACAUCCCCGCUGGAGCGUUGGUCUUGCAGGAUCUUCCGGAGAUCAUUGCCAACGCACACGUUGAUGAGAAAAUCACGGCUAUGGCACAUGACUUUUUCUUACCACAACCUGUGAAAGGGAGUCGAGCUUACUUUAUGCACGCUGUUCUUCACGAUUGGCCCGAUGAUAAGGCCACGCAGCUGCUUGAGAAUACUAGAGACGCAAUGAUCGAAGGCUACUCGAAGCUAUUCAUUUAUGACAUUGUUCUUCCCCCUACAGGAGCUAGUAUUAGCCAGACAACUAUGGAUGUGGAGAUGAUGUCGUUGCUGUCUGCCUCAGAGCGUACACAAGAUGCCUGGAGUAAACUUUUGAGCGGGGCCGGAUUGAAGAUUGUCAAAUUUUGGCCUGAUCCUCAAGAGUAUGAGAUGAUUAUUGAAGCCGAGAUUGUGUAG